UGUAUUUAUUUACAUAAAAACAAACCUGUUGUAUACCUGUAUCUCUGAGUAAAACUGAAGGAAGGUGAAGGACACAUUAGAAAUAGCUGACUACAAGCUGUGAACUUUUGCCCGCAUGACUAUCCCUUCUCUAGAAAGGCGACACCAUAGUAAACAUACUGACAAGUAACAAAUUACUGUGGGCGUCAUAUUGUUAGUUGCUCUUGUCUUUCCAUGUAGCAGUGAAUGAACUCCCAAUAUUCGCGAUCUUCCUACCACCUCCUUUGUGCGUGGGUUUUUAUGAAGAGGGGCUUCGCUAAACUAUUGUGACUCAUUAAUGAUUAGCUGUAGCUUUUCGUUCCCCCGCCAACGCGUGUCAUGUUUUCUAAGUGUGGACCAAAUCAGGGAGUUGUAACAGAUUCAAAGGUGAAUGAGAAUGACAUGUUUGCAGCAAAAUAUGAACCAGCGAGAAUAAUAGGCAAUAAAUGGGUAAUGUGCCAGAAAGUUAUUUAUACAGAUGUAAAAGUACAAAUUAUUAUUUUUAAACACAAAUUGCAUGUGCUUCAUGUGGGACUAUGUAGAAGAUGUUGCUGCUUCAGUCCCAGCUCAAGGUUUACUGUUCGCUUAACUAAGUUUUGGUAACAAAGCUUCCCAGUGAUUCUAUUGAACUACCUAAAAGUCCAAACUGAAACAUGGCGUCACUUCCAAUCCAAGUGCUAAACGGAUAUAAAAUCUGAGCAGAGACAUCAAACUCUGAAUAAACCUCAUGUGAGGUCAUAAGAAUUUUCUACAGUAAUGUUAACAGAAUGAUCCUGUAAAUAAAAUAAACAUUAUAACACCAUAAUUAGGCUGGAAAAAAUAGUACAUUUGCAGUGCUAUUAAUGCCUAUGAGGAAAGAGAGGAAGAGGGGUUAAAAUCUCAAAAGAACAUUUGUCCCUUUCUUCGUUUCUCUUUCUCGCUUUCGGGAGAGCCUUUCACGCGGGGCUUGACAUAUUCGUGCUGUUAUCAGAUUGAUGGGCCAGUUUGAUUGAAGUGGCUUUGUCAUGCAAAUGUCAAACGCGUGAUGGAUGGUCACCGUGCGCUGACAAACUUCUGGAGGUCCCCACACCAUUGGCGCCGUGACGGCUCACGUGACCAGCAGCUGAGGUAUAGAUGUGUUAUAGGGAAGCAGGAGCAAAUACUCUGGAGGUAUCGUUUUCUUUUUAUUUUCCUCAUGACAUACUGCUGCGAGGUUGUAGCACAGGGAAUUUCGAACUCGUGCAUUUUUCUCGUCGCCAUCAGACGCGCAUGGACAAUUCAAAAAUGAACUCAUUUUUGGAGUACACAAUUAGCAACCGGGGAACGAGCACUUAUCCGACAAAGUCUGGAUACCAUCAUUUGGAUCAGGCUUACUCGGGCCCCUUUCAGUCCGGUGACAGCUAUAACGCUGAUGGACGACUUUACGUAGGGGGCAGUGCGCCGGCACCCACGGCACAACAUCAGCACCAGAGUGGAGGCUAUGCGCAUCACCAGCACCUAAAUCAAACCAGUGGCAUGGGCCUUUCAACUUACAAUAGCACAGGCUAUGGUGCGCACGCCUCUGCCACUCAGGACUACGGCCAUCAGCAGUAUUUCAUGAAUCACGAACAGGAUGGAAUGUAUUUUCAGACUUCUGGCUUUGUUUCUCCGAAUGUCGGUCCUAAUUAUGGGUCCUUGGCCGGUUCGUAUUGUAGCACGCAGGGAGCAGUUCCGGUGGCGCCAUAUCAACACCUGAACGGUUGUGAAGACCAGGACCACCAACUCCCAUAUGGUCAGAAUGCAUACGCCGACUUAUCAUCCUGUCAGCAGAAAGAGACAGGCUUGGAUCAAAUGCCAGGGAAGACCUUUGAAUGGAUGAAAGUCAAAAGGAACCCUCCUAAAACUGCAAAACUGACAGAGUACGGCCUGGGUCCACAAAAUACAAUCCGAACAAACUUCACCACAAAACAACUCACUGAGCUGGAAAAAGAGUUUCACUUUAGCAAAUACCUGACUCGAGCUCGCCGGGUGGAAAUCGCAGCCACGCUCGAGCUCAACGAGACCCAGGUGAAGAUUUGGUUCCAGAAUCGACGGAUGAAGCAAAAGAAACGUGAAAAGGAAGGUCUCGCGCCUACAUCAUCCGCAAUCAAGGACUUUGACGAACACUCGGAUCAUUCAACAACAACAUCCCCAGGAACGUCCCCAAGUCCUGAGACCUAACAAAAUCAGCUUAACUUAAAGCCCGAAUAUAAACUGCUGGCCUUUGUAAUAUAAAAUGAUAUUUCCUUAAACAUUCCAUAUCUGGUCGAAAAAGACCUUCAUAUUGAAAUAGGACACAGGUUAUGCAUUUAUCUUCCUUUUGACCUAAAGAGAAGCUAACAUUUUGUCUUAUAGCAAUUGUAUAAGAUGAACUCCCUUUUUUUUAAUGUCUAGGCUAAUUCAGGGUAUACGCUAAUUCCGACUUGAAUCCCAAAGUCGGUAACGCACUUUUAGCAUGUUUACAAGUCUCUAUAUAGACUUCUCAAAUAAAAGGGAGUCUACGAGAGUAAAAAAAAACAUUUUUUUAUAGGCGUUUCUUUGUUUGUGAGUAUGUAGCUAUAUGUUACAUAAGAUGGCUAUGUCUUAAACUUUAAUUCGACCGUUUGCACUAUGCGGUUACAGGGUACAGGCCUUCACGCCACUGAAGCACCUCACAUUGUUAUGACUGUAAUCCCAACUGAAUGAAUGAAUGAAAUGAUUUGUACUAUUCGGUGCUUACUUUUGACACCUAAACCAGAACACAAAAUGCGGUGUAUUUAAUUAUAUAUUUUUUUGCUUUUGCUUUUGCAGGGGAUAUAUGUGUAUUCGUUACACCUUUAUUUCAAUUUCAUAUCACGAACAAAUGUUUUUGAGACUUGUAGUGUGCAGCUGUUUAGGAUGAAUUCAGGGUUAUUUCGUUAUUUCGUUAUCCAAAAUUCUUUUGUUAUAUAUUGGUGUAAACACAGACUGG